AUGAGCUCAGAAAUUGUUAUUCGUAGUCCAGUGCCUGAUAUUGAACUACCUGAAAAUGCAAACAUAUAUGAAUAUGUUUGUAGAAACUUUUCUGAAUAUGGUGAAAAGCCCGCUAUUACCGAUGCUAAUAGUGAUCGAACGAUAAACUACAAUCAACUUUUAGAUAUGAUUCGACGAUUUGGAUCUGCAUUGUUGAGGAUGGGAAUGAAAAAAGGGGAUGUCUUUGCAAUUUAUAGCCCUAACUUACCGGAAUUUGCCGUUGCAAUCUAUGGUAUUAUUGCAGUUGGCGGUGUUGCUACAACUGUUAACCCAUUAUACUCCGCUGAAGAAUUGAUAAAACAACUUAAGCUGUCUGGUGCUAAUUAUAUUUUGGGUUUUCCAAGUAACGCAGCCAAUGUGAUGAAGGCGAAAGAAUCUCUGGGUUUCAAGGAGGCAUACGUAUUCGGUGAAGUUGAAGGUUUAACCCCAUUCAAGAAACUUUUAGAAGAUGACGGAUCUCUCUUUGCGACCGAUCCAUCGGCAGAUCCUGACGAUGUUGUAUUAAUUCCCUAUUCAAGUGGCACUACUGGGCUUCCGAAAGGUGUUAUGCUGACGCAUCGCAACCUUUGCAGCAAUAUAAUCCAGCUUCUGACUCCAGAAUUCUCGAUAUUCAAACCUGAUGGACCAAAUCUAGGAUUGCUACCUUGGUAUCAUAUCUACGGAUUCACAGUUGUGCUGGCAGGGACCCUCUCCAGAGGCGGACAUUUGGUUUCUAUGCUACGAUUCGAUCUACAAGUAUUCUUAAAUUCUAUAGAAAAAUAUAAGAUCAAAUACGCGAAUUUGGUUCCACCAAUCUAUAUACUCUUAACUAAAAGUCCAGUAAUUGAAAAUUUCGAUUUAUCCUCAAUGAAAGAAUCUAUCUCUGGAGCUGCACCACUUGAUGCAAAAACUAGUGUAGCUGUGAAGCAGCGACUAGGUUUGGAACUUGUUCGACAAGGCAAGUACGGAUUUGGAAUGACUGAACUAAGUCCUGUUUCUCAUCUUGUAAGAAGAAUAGAUGGAGAUUCAUCACAAGGAUCGAUAGGACAUUGCUUACCUAAUACACUUGCUAAGAUUGUCGAUGUAGAAACUGGUGAGUCAUUAGGAACUGGAAAAGACGGAGAAUUAUGCAUAAAAGGACCGCAAGUAAUGAAAGGAUAUUUCAACAAUCCGGAAGCGACUGCCAAUACCAUCGAUAAAGAUGGUUGGUUACACACUGGCGAUAUUGGACAUUAUAACGAGGAUAAGAAGUUUUAUAUUGUUGAUCGAUUGAAAGAAUUAAUCAAGUAUAAAGGAUUUCAGGUGCCGCCAGCGGAGCUUGAGGGUAUUUUAAUAUCUAAUCCUAAAAUCGCCGAUGCCGCUGUUAUCGGCGUUCCAGAUUUUGAAGCCGGUGAAUUACCUAAAGCUUUCAUCGUUAAAUGUGGUGACAUAACCGAGGAAGAGGUUAUGGAUUAUGUGGCUAGUAAAGUAGGCCCUCAUAAGAAAUUACGUGGAGGAGUAGAAUUUUUAGAAAAGAUUCCAAAAUCAACGAGUGGCAAAAUAUUACGUCGUGAGCUUCGAAGGAAAGAGCUUGAGAAGCAAAACAAUCUGUAA